AUGUCACAGUCCCCUAUGGGGGGCUAUCAGCUGCGCAGGGGGAGACAAGCUGUAGCUCCCAAGCUAGCAGCCAGAGCAUUCGGAGAAUACCUGUCCAAUACCAACCCAGAGAACCGAAACGGAGCAGAUCAUCUAUUAUCUGACACCUUUCCUGGCCAGGUCUGUGACUCUCCAGACGUUAGCCGCUUGCAUAACAACAAUCUGCCACACCAGAGCCGCUGUUUCCCUGUAGCAAAACCCAACCAAUCCAGCCAAUCAAAUCCCAGUGUUCAUCCCCAGUGUCAGCCUCCAGCCAACAGCCUCCAAACCCCAGCACCUUUGGGACCAUCCAAACGUCGACUCUCUGUUGAGCGCAGCCUCUCUGCAGAGGAUCCCCCAGUUGUCAGAAGUCCAGAGGGUAGUGUGACUGUCAAGCCGGCCAGAGUUUACACGAUCACUAGGGAAGUAGGGAUGACCCUGGGGGGCCGUGGCAGUGAGGAGAGCCUGGAACUGGAGGUGCUUAAGAGCUCCAGGGAGCAACCUCUAUCACAGACUCCUACCAAUGCCAACCACAACCCAUCCUGCACCAGCCAACCCUCCGCCUCAGCUGCCCACGGGAGCCAUCAUCGUAGUAGCCACCACCGCAGCAACCAUCACCAUGCCAACCAGCAUCACGGAGGCCCGACAGCAUCAUCACAGCCACUGCAGAGCUCGGGGAACGCCAACAACAUCCGAGACUGGGGGAUGAGAAGAGGGGCAUCGCGGGACGACUACACCCCAGACUGCGUUACCUGCAUUCGGGCUCCAUGUCAAAGUCAGCGCUCCCUUGACCUGGAUACCUCACCGCGGGAUGGAGAGAAGCACCGCAAGAAACUGGAGAGGAUGUACAGCGAGGAAAGACCUUCAAGUGAUGAAAGGGAGGACACUCCUAAUAGCUGGUUCCCCAAAGAGAAUAUGUUCAGCUUUCAGACAGCCACCACCACCAUGCAGGCGUGAGUAUGGCAUGGAAAUCCAC